UUGGCGCUUCGUGCCUCUGACGUCAUCCGUAGGUGGUUGUGAACUUCCUAGUUUGGACUCACUUUUAUGUCAACAAAGCAGCGGGGUCCGGCUAACGCGACGUGGACCUGAAUCCCCCUCGUUCCUCCGCCUCUCUGUUCUUCUUCGGUUCCGUUUGAGUGUUCGUGGAUCUUCAAAAUGACUUUUCAGGGAGUUCUCUCGGCGGUUCUGGUCACCCUCUGUUGGCUGGUUGUGUCCCUGGCGGGGGAUGUGCCCGAUCCCGCAGCUGCCGCCGUAGUCACCACUGCGGUGCCCAGACCUGCGGUGACGAACUCCAGCGGGGUGAACUCGACCCACUCGAGCGACGGGAACGGCUCCAGAGGACUGUUUAACGGCCUCAACGUAGACAGCUCCAUGAUCCAGCGGGCCCUGUAUGUCCUGAUCGGCAUCACCAUGAUCGGAGUCCUCUACUUCCUCAUCCGAGCCGUGCGGUGAGUUCGCACCAAACUCCGAUCACAUAUGAGGGGAUUUAGUCAAGCACCGAAAACGCAUAAUAAAACACCAACAACACGGAAAACAGCCUCUCUCAAACUUUUCUGUGCUGGACAUUUUAAUUUCCCAAAGUGAAACAGCUGUCGGAGAGGAAACAUAAAUUCACUGUUUUCUGAAUGAGGUUUGGUGUAGUAACUGUGCCCAUGCCACGAAACAGAAGGUUGUAAGGUUAUUUUCUGGGCUAAGUCAGUUUUUUGGGCAUAUAUUGGGUCGGUUUUAUGCCCAACAAAUUAAGAGAAAUCUUGUAAGUAAUACAGAUGUAAUUAAGUCAGGAGAGCGGUGUGUUAAAUGACGCCUAACCAAACCUGGUUCGUAAGUCUAGCAGUUAGUGCAAUUUUGCUUCAUCUGCGCAUUUAUAUCGGUUACCACAGCAUAUUGAUUAGCCUUUUCAAUUUAAAGGAGGCCAGUCUUCAAUUCGGCGUCUAUUACAUAAACUUAAACAAGAAGUACUUGGUAAAGUAUUGACCUACCAAUUCUUACAAAAGUUGUGCAGCAGUUUGAGAAGUCACCUCCUCAUUCUGUGAGGUUAGAAUAACCACAAUCCUACUUGGUGGUGGCAGCACAACUUUAUCAGGUGACUACAUAUUUAGGUCAUGCUGCAAGAUGGGAAACAUCUCAUAGAACGUGGGAGCUCCUUCAGAUCAUAUAGAAAUGUUGGAAAUAAAGAGUGUAAAAUUCGUAGUUUUCUGAAAGGGGUUUGGUGUAACGUCCUCUACAUUAGAAGAUUGACAGGAUAGGGACUUGUUCAUGGGGUAAUUUCAGUUUUGUCUCGGCUUGUUCAGAGUACAAAAGAGCAUUGCCUAGUAAUUAUAAAUUUACAUGACAAAGCACCAAACCCCAUUUAAAUAUAUAUCAAUUUAACACUCCCUUUCCAGUCAGCAGAGGGAUAAAUGCUGAAAGAUACACUGAAUGCACUCAGGUGAGGUUUAGUGAAAUACUCCUAAAUUCUGUUUGAAUUUCACCUGCUUUAUAGCGAGUGAUUCACCAAUUAGCUAAACCUAACUUCUGCAUAGCUCUAUAUAUGUGCUAAAAACAACUUAAAUACAUUGAGUCCUGGGUAUAUGUCUAAGGCCUGCACGCCAACAGAUGUCACACCAAAUUCCAUUCAAAGUUGAGUAAUUUUAUGCUUUAUCUCUGUGUGUAAUAUGUGAGUCAUGUGUUUUUCUCAUGCAGCUGGAUACUCCCUUCAGUUCUGCUUUAGCUAAUCUUAUUAUGGAUUUUGUGUUUGUGGCUGACUUCAGCCCAAUAAACUUUGGACAACCUGAUAACCGUGAAACAAUUCUUUCAUUACUUAAACACAGGAACCUCUGUCACACCAAAUCCCAUUCAUAAGUGUCAUAAUUUAAUACUUUAUCUCCUAUCAGCCGCUGUACAUAAACUAUAAAACAUCAUUCAGGUGUUUUUAUGGAGCUACUUGUUCCUCUUUUGAGUUUGGCUUCUUUCUGAUCCACCAAACUUUAUUUUCAGGCUGAAGAGACCAGCUCAGAGGAAAAAGUAUGGUCUGCUGUCAAACUAUGAUGACUCUGUGGAGAUGGAUGGGAUGGAGAGCGAAGAGGACGACACGCUGUACGAGGCUCGCAGCCUCCGCAGGUCAGAGUUCAACAACAUGUCACUGUGGUGCUUUUUAUCUCAGAGACAGGCUUCAUUUUUUUAUCUGUUUGUGGACGCAGAAAUCUCCAAAUAUUGAGCAAUAUUUUCUUUUUUAUCUAAAUGGACAAAUAAAGUGAGGAAUAAAGACAAACCUGCUUCGUUAAAUUCAUCAGAUUUGACCCUGAAUCUGUUUAAAGCUCAGGACAAACUUGAUAUGAAAUGUAGAUUCAUUCAGAUGGGGAUAAUACUGUAGAUGUGUACCAAUAAAUUAUUAAUUUGUUUUUUUCUGAGUGAGGUUUGUAUAUGGAGCAACAGGAAGGUCGAAUAAACCUGUAAAAUAAAAAUAAAAUGACAAUAAAUAAUUAAAACUGAAGGUUGGAAUUACAUUAAAGUUAUAAAUCACGGUCUUUAACCUGACAGAAAUAUUUGAAUACACUUUAGUGUGAUUGAAACUUAACGGUUAUAUGGAAGGAGGUAAUUAGAUGAAGAUUUUGAGAAUAAAGAUGUAAUAUCACCAGAAUUAAGUCAUAAUAACAUGAGAAUAAAGUCACCAGAAAAUAAAGUUGUUUUAUAAGUAUACUCAAAUCAAGUCGUCUGUCUUCCCCUGGCACGGCUACAGGACUUACGUGUCCCUGGUGUCUCCGUCAUCUCCCCCGUCUCUAUGUUCGACUCUGUGUUUAACUUAACCGACGCCUCCCCCGUCUCCCUCACCUCCACUUUUUCCGUCGCUAUCACCUAGCUAAAAAUUCGUCUCAGAUUGUAAGUCAUGAAUUAAAUUGAAAAAAAGAGUCCGAUGCUGCAUUCGAGUUUCCUCAGAAGUCAGAAGUCCGAGCUGAAAAUGAUGUCUCACCUGAGUUCCCAGCGUUUCAGUUUCAAAGUUGGAAUAAAGCUAAAUCGGAGGCGGGAACAAGCUAGCUACAUCUACGAAAGUUAUUUUAGCGCUUGCCUUUUAUUCGGACAAGGCGAGUGCUAACUGGAAUUUACGGAGAGUCCAUGGGAACUUUUAAGGCGUCAGUGGUUGUGAUUUUUAAAACGGCGCUGAUAGUGAGUACUUACGCUGUGAGACAGAUCGGGCAGCUCCAUUUCUUCUUCUUCGUUUGUUUUGUGCGCUCAGGAGUGUGCGGUAAUUCACAAGAUACCCAACGGUGCCCCCCCACACUAUGAUGGUGAAAACGCGAAUUGACAGAAAUUCUUGUCAAUGGAAAAAAAAAAUUACUUUUUUCAUAGGAUGGUAGGGAAAGGUCCCGCCUCCUUCGCCUCUGAUUGGCUAGAAGUGCUGGGCUCUGAUUGGUUAUUCCUUAUGGCUUUGAAACGUUGUCGUCUGUCGGGUUAGAGUUAGGAGAUUCAGAAUUGCGAUAAUGUUCCGUUCAAUGUACAGAGCCGUGUGAUGAUGUUUCCAGCUUUUCUAGCCAAUCAGAGGUGAAGGAGGCGGGACCUUCCCCGAACCAUCCUAAAAAAAUAUAUUGCACAGGGGAAACAGUUAAGACUGUCAGACAGAAGGAUGUGAAGUAAAAUACUGACAUUUUCUUCAGAGUUAGAUCUUGGUGUGUUUUUCUGUGUAACGUGUUCAUGAAUGAAUCGUAGAAGCGAUGGAGCGACUUUAUCAUCAGGCAGCUGAAGUUACAGAGACGUCAUCUGUGUCUGCUGCAUCAUCUGAACUCUGCUCUCCUGUCGUAACUCCUGAUGAAUGUAUUGAUCAUGUGAUUGAUCAGUUUUAUCUGUUUGUGUGUGUUCAGAUGAGGGGUGUCUGCAUCGUCUCCUCCUGGUGGAUCAGACGGGGAGAUCAGCUGAUAUUGAUUCUGGAUCGGAGAGAGGGGAUGAGCCAAUGACUGCUGAGGAGAAAAACGGACCAAACAGUUCUAGAGGAAAAUUGCCAAAGCUGCUGGAGGAGCUCGAGCAGGAUAAUCCUUAUUUUUGAAGAUGGGAGCGGACGUGACGGUUCUGUGGAUCAUUUCCUCUCUUUGUUAUUAUUAUUAUUAUUAUUAAUAUUAUUAUUAUUAUUUCAGAGACUCUCUCUCUUCUCUGCGUUUCACCCUGAGCGCCUCUCGGCUCUGACUCUGUGCUUUAACUACUGUAAACUGACUCCAGAGCAGCUCAUAAACUCAGUCUGAUCAGGACUCUGACCCUCCACAUCGCUCAGACCUGAACCUCCGACCCCCCCGGUGCCUGAGUGAUCUGCUCAAACAUGGUGUUUCAAAAAGAAGGGUUUCUUUUUUUCACCCUGCAGUGUUUCUCAUAAACUCCUCUGACUUCACUCUUCUGUUGUCGGGAUUCGAAGAAACGAGGACUCUCCAGAAACCCCCUUUAAGGUCCUCUCUAAUCCGGUUUAGUCUGAGUGAUCCUGUUUAAGGUAAUAUUCAAUCAAAGCGCCGCGUCCACGCCUCACUGAGAGCGAGGAACUUUCAGAGGAACUCCAGAACUUUCAAACCUGGGCUCUGAUUUUACACAUCUGCUGAAAUCCCUAAAUGCAUUUUUACGCUCGUCCCAGUGUGAGGGGUCGACGCCAAGAAAACCUCUUCGAUGGGCGCCGACAUGACGGGGAUGGAUCUGAGACACGCUCAGGAGCCUCAUUGGUCCACAGAGCUGUCAAUCAUGGGGUUACAACCCUUUUUACUUCAUCCAAUAACCAAUUAAAACUGAAAACCACAACAUUUGGACAAAAAUCAGCCUGAUAGAACGAUAACGACAGAAACAUUUGUAUGACCUUUGACCCUUUACAUGACGGUGACAGGCUUUUGCUGCGUUCGAGUUUCCUCGGUGAGCAGAUGUCGGAGCUGAAAAUGACGCGAGUUCCCGGCGUUUCAGUUACCGUCAUAAAUACGCAAAAUCGGAGGCUGAAACAAAAUGGCUACAUCUGCAAAAGUUAUUGUAGCGCUUGUCUUAUAUUCGGACGAGGUAGGCGCUAAAAUAACUUUCGUAGAUGUAGCCAUCUUGUUUCAGCCUUCGAUUUAGCUUUUUUUAACUUGGUAACUGAAACGCCGGGAACUCUGGGAACCAAUCAGCAGAGGGAGCUCUAACUCUUUAGUUUGACAGUCAGUGAAGGUGGUCUCCUUGAUGGUGUCGGUCCCGAACUCCAGAGUCUCACAGAAGGUCGACUCCUGUACCCUGUGAGUGACAGGUCCUGUUCUCUCAGCGUAGUCGGGUCUGUUUGUGAGGAGCGGUGAAAGAGCUGAUCGUGGUUUAAAGUCAUCUUCUCCGUCUGAGUGUGUCAGCGACUGUUGGAUCAGGAUUAGGUCGCAGACAUGACAGACAGGAUGAGCUCAUCCUCCGCAGACUCUCCUGUGGAGCUGUUAGUCACGACCCCAAAUCCUCUAAAAAAGCCAGUUUUCAGUUUUCAGCCCCGCCCCUUAAAGCUCAGGUCACACCAUCUAUGAGGGAUUAAAGCUCCUGUGAGGAACUCUCCACUUUGGCGCCACCCUCUGGACAAAGCUGUACCUCAUUACUCAGAUUUGUCCUAAACAUGUGUAAGUGGUGUUGGUUUAUCACUCAGCUAAAAUCUCUGCCAUAAAAAAUGUAAAAAGGCUGUUCCAGUUAAUCAACCUACCCCCUGUCAGCAGUGUUCGACACUGAAAUGACCAAACAGGAAAGUUGAACCCUCUCACAGAUCAUCUUGUUUGUUUUUGUUCGUCAUAAAGAUGCACCAACAUGAAUUUUAGUCUGUUCAGUAAGCAAAUAAAACUCACCACAGGAGCUUUAAUGUUAUAAAAACUCCUCACAGGAGCUUUAAUGUUAUUAAAAACUCCUCACAGGAGCUUUAAUGUUAUAAAAACUCCUCACAGGAGCUUUAAUGUGAUUAAAAUUCCUCACAGGAGCUUUAAUGUCAUAAAGACUCCUCUUAUAAAAACUCCUCACAGGAGCUUUAAUGUGAUUAAUAUUCCGAAAAUGAGCUUUAAUGUGAUUAAAAACUCCUCACAGGAGCUUUAAUGUCUCAAAAAUUACUCACAGGAGCUUUAAUGUUGUUAAAAGUCUUCACAGGAGCUUUAAUGUCAUAAAGACUCCUAACAUGAGCUUUAAUGUGAUUAAAAACUCCUCACAGGAGCUUUAAUGUCAUAAAGACUCCUCUUAUAAAAACUCCUCACAGGAGCUUUAAUGUCAUAAAAAGUCCUCACAGGAGCUUUAAUGUCAUAAAGACUCCUCUUAUAAAAACUCCACAGGAGCUUUAAUGUCUUAAAAAUUACUCACAGGAGCUUUAAUGUUGUUAAAAAUCUUCACAGGAGCUUCAUUGUUAUUAAAACCCCUUACAGGAGCUUUAAGGAUGCCUUCCAGCUCUUAACUGAGACUUUCUUCGUGUUAUUAUUCUGGAGCAUAACUCCCGUUUACAGCAGUUGGUGCCGCUGUAUUAAAGUGAGUCUAUUUCAGUGGAGAAAGUGCUGCCCAACAGAGACUACAGUUUAUUUCACUCUCUAUGAUGGAAUCUAGUGUUACUGGUUUAAUGCUGAGCGCCCUCAUGCCUUGGUUAUCGUGUGUUAGUGCAUCAUUAAUAACUCUGAUUUGCUUUGAUACAGAAUUUUAUCCUGUAAAUAAGAACUGUUAAGGAACUGGAUAAGGUAAAUUAAGGCCCGGGUUAAUAUUUGAGGAUUAAUGUGUAAAACCAGGAGCCAGGUUUGAAAGUGACAGAAGUGCCCUUUAACAUGGACCCAGGAUCUACCAUCACGUUGAUCAGCUGGUUUAUCACUUGGUGCCGUCAUCCUCUCGCGGUUUCACUGAAGGUUUUGUAGAAAUAAGAGUAACCAUAGAAACGAGGUCACACUGAGAGACAGACACACUUUUCAUGACGUGACAGUUUGAGUUGUUUCCUGCUGCAGUUUUCUUUACACUUAAUUUGAAUAAAUUGUACAAAAUGUAUAAACUGAUUCUAUUUUCCUCAAAUACAA